AUGGCACUAGACCAAUACACCUACAUCUUUGUCAUUGGCACUUUCUUUGCCAUGCUCGAUGCCUUCAACAAUGGUGCAAACGAUGUGGCAAACGCCUGGGCAACCAGCGUCUCCUCGAGAUCUAUUUCCUACAGGCAGGCAAUGAUAUUCGGCACUAUAUUCGAGAUGCUGGGAGCCAUCACCGUCGGUGCACGCACAGCCGAUACUAUCAAAAACGGUAUCAUUCCCAACUCGGCUUUCCGGGGUGAUGCCGGUGUCCAAAUGCUAGCAUUUACCUGCGCUCUCGCUGGCGCUUCUACCUGGGUGAUGUGGUGCACACGACACUCUGCCCAUGUCUCGUCGACGUAUUCUCUCAUUUCUGCUGUCGCGGGAGUCGGCGUCGCCACCGUUGGAGCUUCCCAGGUGCAAUGGGGCUGGAACAAUGGCAAAGGUCUUGGAGCCAUUUUCGCCGGCCUGGCCAUGGCUCCUGCUAUCUCAGCCGGGUUUGGUGCAACUAUCUUCAUGCUCAUUAAAUUCGUGGUGCACAUGCGCAAGAACCCGGUGCCGUGGGCCGUUUACAGCUCGCCCUUUUUUUUCCUGAUUGCCGGCACCAUUUGCACUUUGUCCAUCGUCUACAAGGGCUCUCCAAACCUAGGGCUUAAUAAGAAACCCACGUCGUUUAUCGCCGCUGUUACUAUGGGCACGGGCGGUAGUAUCGCCAUCCUCGCUGCCCUUUUUUUCGUUCCUUUUGUGAGCGCAAAGGUUAUCAAGAAGGAUCACACUGUCAAAUGGUGGAUGUUUGUUAUGGGCCCCUUGCUUCUUAAUCGCCCAGCUUUUCCAGAAACCGAGUGUGCCAAUAUUCCGAAUUAUGCUGUUGUGCAGGAGGAAGAAGGGGACCAAUCUCCUGAAGACUCUAUCCGUGACUAUGACUCUAAAAGAUCCGAAAUACCUCAAAGCCCCCCUGCAAACAAUGAUGGCAAAACCCUCGUCGUUACUGAAAUCAGUCAGCCCACAUACAAGGAAUUAAUGUCCCAAGGCGAAGCCAAGCUGCAUGCGAAGCUCCUGAAGAAACGUGGUCCCCUUGGUUGGGCCAUGCGCACACUGCGUGAUAACCCUAUGGGCGCUGGCGAAAUCUAUGAACUCGAUAAUAUGAAAAUCGCUGCAAGGCGAUUGCCCGCCAUGAUUGUUUGCGGCCUUUUGUACGGCCUCCACUACGACAUCCACUCCGCACAGUCCGGCAUUGCCGGCACCCCAGAGGGUAGGCGCAUGCAGCGGGUAUACGCACACGCGGAAAAGUACCCCAACGAAGUCGAGCACACCUAUUCGUUCGUACAGGUUCUCACGGCUUGUACUGCUUCAUUUGCUCAUGGUGCCAAUGACAUUGGAAAUUCGGUCGGGCCUUGGGCUGUCAUCUUCUCUGCUUGGUCGACUGGUAAUGCCGCUGCGGCCAAAGCUCCGGUUCCCGUUUGGCAACUUGCUGUUCUCUCUGCCUGUAUAUCAGUCGGCCUUGUUACAUAUGGAUACAACAUUAUGAAAGGCUGCUCUAUGGAGAUGGGCGCUGCCAUCACCGUUCUCGUCUUCUCACAGUUUUCCCUCCCUGUGUCGACCUCAAUGUGUAUCACCGGCGCUACCGUUGGUGUCGGCCUUUGCAAUGGUACCUUGAAAGCAGUCAACUUCCAGCGAGUUGGCCUCCUCCUUCUCUCGUGGAUUGCCACCAUUCCUAUUGCCGCAACUUUAGCGGGAGUGCUCAUGGGGCUGGUGUUUAAUGCUCCCCGCUUUGCCUCCUGA